UUUUCAGAUUUUUAAAUUACUAAAUUAGCUAACAGAAUUCUUGAAUGCAUUGACAUUUUUUGCAUUUGGGCCGAAGCAGGGGAUCAGAGUAAGAAAAAUGUAUGGAUUUGUGAACUACGCUCUUGAACAACUUGUCAUCAGAAACUUUGGCGAAGAAAUAUGGAACAAAAUAAAAGAAGCUGCAGAUGUGAAAAUGGAAAGGAAAUUUAUUCAGAGAAUGAUUUACGAAGAUUUUUGUACAUUCGACUUGGUUAAAGCUGCAACUGUGGUUUUAAACGUUGAAGCAAACAAAAUAUUAGAAUUAUUCGGGAAGUUCUUCUUUGAGUUUUGCCAGGAGUCUGGAUAUGAUGUAAUAAUGAGAGUACUCGGCUCCAACGUCAGAGAAUUUCUCCAGAAUCUCGAUGCUCUUCACGAUCACUUAAGUUCCGUUUAUCCGGGUAUGAGAGCUCCUAGUUUUCGAUGCUCUGACGGUGAUGAUGGUUCCCUUAUAUUGCAUUACUAUUCCGAGAGAGAUGGGCUGGAACACAUUGUAAUUGGAAUAGUAAAAACAGUUGCAAAGGAAAUUCAUAAAACUGAUGUUGAUAUAAUGGUAUACAAAAGAAAAGAUGACGAAACUUCUGAUCACGUGCAACUAAAAAUUGUUGCGAAGAACGGAUCUUCCCUUUCAGGUGGUGACAACGUAGAUAUAGCUGAAAUUGAAGAAAUGCUACAUCAAAUGGAUCCAAUGAUAACUCCAGAAACAUUUAGCAAGGCAUUGCCGUUUCACAUAAUGUUUGAUCGUAAUAUGAACGCAACACAAGCUGGAACUGCCAUAGCUAGAAUCAUUCCUCAACUACGCGAAGUUCUUCCAGGAUAUCGCAAUUUUGAUGAUGAAUCUUCUGACAACGAUUCUGACUUAGAUGAACAGGAUGCCGAGAAUGAUGUUGAAUCCGGGAACGUUAAUGAGGACGAAGAUGAAGAUUUAAAAUUAUCCAACUUAUUUGAUCUUGUUCGACCCCCGAUACAAUUUUCGUUCCACCAUAUUUUGUCCCAGAUUAAUCAAGUUUUUGUGUUGCGGACUAAAAUAGAUGUCUUACAAACAAAAUCCAGGAAAAUCUCAGUUAUUCCAGAAGAUCCAAGUACUGUAGAACCAACUGAUCCCGAAUCGCAUUGUUUACGGUUGAAAGGUCAAAUGAUCUUCGUCCCAGAAAGUGAUAAUUUACUUUUUCUUUGUUCCCCAAGUGUUAUGAAUUUGGACGAUCUGGUGAAAAGAGGUUUAUACUUACAAGAUAUCCCACUACAUGACGCAACAAGAGAUCUGCUGAUGUUGGGUGAACAAUUUGAAGAAGAAUACAAACUCGCACAAAAUUUGGAAAUUUUAACGGAUAAGUUACAACAUACAAUGAGAGCAAGAGAAAGGGAAAAGAAAAUGACAGACAAACUAUUGUAUGCCGUUUUACCACCAUCUGUUGCAAAGGAGUUGCGACAUAAAAAGCCAGUACCACCAAUGAGAUACGACAAAGUAACAUUAUUGUUCAGUGGAAUCGUUGGAUUUAGCAAGUUUUGUGCAGGUCUCACAAGCUCAGACGGUGCAAUGAAGAUUGUUACAGUACUCAACACAGUUUACACAAAGUUUGAUCAACUCACUGAUCCCAAAAAUAAUCCUGAUGUGUACAAGGUUGAAACUGUCGGUGAUAAAUAUAUGGCGGUAAGCGGUUUGCCUGAACCUUGCAAAGACCAUGCUCGACAGAUUUGCAAUGUAGCUCUAGAUAUGAUGGAUAUGUGCGAGCAAAUUGAGAUUGAUGGUCAGAAGAUUCAGAUAUCUAUUGGGAUUCACACUGGUGAAGUGGUAACAGGGGUGAUUGGACAGAGAACACCCAGAUAUUGUUUAUUUGGCAACACUGUCAACUUAACCUCACGAUGUGAAACAACAGGGGAGUCGGGACGAAUUAAUGUUUCAGAGUUUGCUUACAACGCUGCAAUUGCUCCCGGCUCUUACGAUCCAACGUUUCAGUUCGAUUUGAGAGGAGAAAUAAAAAUGAAAGGAAAACCGAAACCAAUGAAGAUGUACUUUUUAACUCGACGUAAUAUCGAAGAGACACAUCUCUAAUA